GCGCGAGAAGCGCCGCCACGCGUCAGAGAUGGCCGCCGUGCGCGAGCGACAUCUGCGCGAGAGGAUCGCGCACAUCUCGCAGAGCGACGUCGGCAAGCGCGUGCUGUCCAAGCUGGACGAGGAGGUGCUGAAGAAAAUGGACGCGGAAGCGAUCGCCCAGCGCGAGGCCGAAGAGCUGAUGAAGGAGCGCCGAGAGCUGCAGGCCCGGCUCAAGUCGCAAGAGAAAAAGGUGGACUAUUUCGAGCGCGCCAAGCGUCUGGAGGAGAUCCCUCUGCUGCAGAAGAGUCUGGAAGAGAAGCAGGUGCAGGAUAAGGCCUUCUGGGAGCAGCAGGAGAAGGAACGCAUACAACAACUUAUCGAGGCGCGCACCCGCGACGUGGCCACCGCCGAGCGGCUGUCGCGCAUGCACGCGCACCGCGACGAGUUCGUGUCGCGGCUGUCGGCCGAGCGCGGCGCCGCGCACCAGCAGCGGCUCAAGGCCUUCGCGGACAAGCUGGCCGCCGAGCGCACCAAGCGCCGCCAGGAGCGAGCGCAGCAGCGCGCCGAGCAGCGCCGGCAGGAGGUGAGUGUCUACACCCGGGGCUGUACUAGCACCGGCAGCGGCUCGAGGCCUUCGCGGACAAGCUGGCCGCCGAGCGCACCAAGCGCCGCCAGGAGCGAGCGCAGCAGCGCGCCGAGCAGCGCCGGCAGGAGGUGAGUGUCUACACCCGGG